GUCAACACAGAGAGUGAGAGAGAGAGAGUAAGCUUUUCUAAAAAAGCUCAGGAGGAGCCUUCGACCAUCAAAGUUUCUUCCCUGACUUGCAUAGAUCUCGCCAACUCUGACCUUCAUCAAUCAGCUGCUUUGCUGAAGCAGGCAUGUCUAGAUUGUGCAUUCUUCUAUGUCAUAAAUCAUAGUUUAAGUGAGGAGUUGAAGAACGAGGCUUUCGAGCAGAGCAAGAAAUUUUUCGCUCUUCCUUUGGAGGAGAAGAUGAAAGUCUUGAGAAAUGGCAAGAAUCAACGCUAUUCACCUGUUCUUGAUCAAAUCUUAGAUCCUGAGAAUCAAGGGAUUACAAAGCGUGUUUUUUCAUUGGAAUCGAAGGUUCAAAAGAUGAUCCCUAUGGGGAUAAACCAUUCUAUAGCCCAAACACUUGGCCUGACCCUGAUGUUUUGCCCACUUGGUGUGUGCAAGGUUUAG